CAGUCUAAGACAGGCGUUUACAUCAGGCAGGCAGGAGGUAAUGUAAUUUUUGUGAAAAUCCAUAAUCAUAAGAAACGGAAGUAGAAAAAAAACAGAAUGACCAGCGAGGUUCGGGAUAAUGUUGAAAUAUGAAAUAAACAAAAUAAGAAAAGUUUGGCAAUGUGUCUGACCAGAAGAGUGUGUGUGACGUGGAAGUGAACAUUUCAGACAGCUAUAACGUAAUGAUGAACCCACGCGUCUGGCAGCACGUCAUUCUGUGUUCUUCAUUUCCUCGUACUUUCCUUAUUGAAACCAAACCCAAAUGAUCCUACAUCAGUUUGGCGAAGACAGCGGACGAUGUUGGUUCUCACUUUAACCGCUCUAGUGCUGUGCAUCACCGUACACACGGCUGAAUGUGGCGUGUCCAUUCAGAGACGCACAGAAGGGAGUACCGUCGUCCUCUCCUGUAAAAAUGAUAGGAAAGUAACCUGGAGUAAAGGAGUUAUUGGAGGGACGGUGGAGAACCUCACAGAUCUACAUCCAGACCAGCGACUCGGUGUAUUAACUAAUUCAUCACUUGUGAUAAAAAACCUGUCCGUGUCUGACUCGGGGAUUUACUUCUGUAACUCAGUUCCUGUAGUCCAGCUGACCGUGACUGGCAUUAAUGACAGUGAUGAAGAGAGAAAAACAUCAGUUUUAGAGAAACUCAGACAAAAAAAGAAGACGAAUAAACCAGUGAAUCACAACAAACAUGAGGAGCAGGAUGACAAAGAGAAACACAAACAAAAAAAGAAGACGAAUAAACCAGUGAAUCACAACAAACAUGAGGAGCAGGAUGACAAAGAGAAACACAAACAAAAAAAGAAGACGAAUAAACCAGUGAAUCACAACAAACAUGAGGAGCAGGAUGACAAAGAGAAACACAAACAAAAAAAGAAGACGAAUAAACCAGUUUUAGAGAAACACAACAAACAUGAGGAGCAGGAUGACAAAGGCCCAUCUGCUCCCCUGUUGAUUAUCGCUGCCACGUUGGCCGGCUUUGGCCUCGUCAUGAUAUUGUGGAAAGGAACCGUCCAAACCCAGUCUCCUAAACCCUGCAUCACUGAGCAUCAUUACGAAACCAUAGAAGACACUGCCCCAGCUCCAGCACCAGGAAGUGAGAAGCAAUGCAAAACCGUCUAUGCCCUGGCAGACCAUCCAGCAAAAUUGAAGUGAUGCUUCCUGUUCGACAUCAGAGACACUGUGGGGUACGAAUCCGAUCUAUCCAGUGUCUCACUCGAAGCACACGCCUGUCUAGACGUCUGGAACUACAUCAAAGGAUUUUAGGAUCGUAAUUUUAAUUAUGAUUAAAAGGAGGAUUUUAAUUUCACCCUGUUUACUUUUAGCUGUACAGUUCAAUAUUUCUAACAACACAGGAUUUUCAUUUGUCCUUCUAUCCAUUUAUUGUUUAAUCUGAUUAAUUGUGUGUACGAACAAACAUGUGCAUGUAGAGCGACCUUGAGAGUUAGAUAAGUGCUAUUUAAAUGAAAAGUAUUCUUCUUCUUCUUCUUCUUCUUCUUCUGCUUGUUAUUAUUGUUGUUGCUGUUUAUUUUCCUGACGUUAUGUAGCGUUAUGCUACCUGAGUAUUAUUAAGCAUCAUCUCACCUGCGCCCCUCACCUUUUAUAUAUUCAUUUUUUGUCUGUUUUUGGUUGCUCUGGUUUCUUUGUAAUAAAGAAUGUAUAUCAUUAUAAAAUAAAUAAAUAACCAACAGCUAUAGUAUCAUGUAGUUUGUUAGCAAACAGUACCAUUUAAAAGGAAAAAAAAAGAAAAUGUAAAAAUAUUAAAAAUAAUUUGGAGUAAAAUAAGGUUUGAAGGAGGGACGGUGUUAAUAGAGGACGUGUGUAGUGUGUAAUGUUUAUCUUUUAGCACCAUUUUGCUCAUUUUGGGGUCGGGGGCCAGUAAUUCUGGAUUCAAUACAUUGUUCUAGACCAAACGUUUAUGUUGAUUUUAUGUUGUUAAAUAAACGGUUGUGUUUUAGAUAAAAGGUUUGAGAUUGUGAGCUAAAUCUGUAGCUUGGAGCUUCCUGUAUUUAUAUAAUCACUUCCCUGGGCGAGAUCUCCACGGUUCCUCAUCACUGCACGUCUUCAGGCUUUAUUACCUUCAACAUGCCAAGCAGUAUUACAGUCAGCGGCCAUUUUAGGUCCACCUUGCU